UGGAUAUUUGAGAAUUAUUUUUCCUUGUUAUAGUUUAAAAAUCAAUGCUUCGUACACAUUUUGAUGGUUUCAACAUAACAGAGUUACCUGGAGUUCUUUGGGUGCUGCCGGAUUCAUAUCUUGAUGUUCCCAACAAGGACUAUGGGGGUGACUUAUUUGUUGAUGGGAAAGUGAUUCCAAGGCCGCAGUAUAGAUAUUCUGAGAGGCAACCAACUAGGAGCAGACCUCGGCCACGGCAUGACAGGCGUCGUGAAACAAUGCAGGUUGAAAGGAGAGACCCUGUUCAAAGACAGGAAUGGAACCAAAGUCAGGGAGGACCUAUGCAGCAAUCGACUCCAAUGAACAGUCAAAACUCUCCUUCUGGUGGACCAAAAUGUUAAACAUGAUCUCUGCUUGACAAAUUUCCCCCAUAUAACUAAGAGAACUUAGUAGUUGUAGUGGAGAAUUCUGAUUUAAGUUCUGAAUCUGAAGGCAUUGUAUGUCCCAUGGUUUUUUAUUUGGAAAUGACUCUGCCUGAACUUGGACAUCAUAUGAUUAGAAUCUUUAGUAUCAUUAUGAUGAUGUGAUAUCCAAUUCAGAUCGUUUACUAUUAAAUUGAUAAACUUUUGGUUGAU